UCACUGGCUCCCAGUCUUCGACGAGCGGUCGACACGCGCACACGCGCCACCUGCAGACGGCACCGAGUCGUGUCCCAGCCCAGGGCUUGUGACAGAAGAUGUCCUGGACAUCGUCCAACGAGUGACGAUCCGGAAUAACGCAAAGGACGCGCGCAGCUGGGAGAUAAAACUGUCGGAAGUCCGUCUGUCCUACUUCGAGUAGACAACACACUCAAAGCUUAUGGACGCAAGUAGCUGGCAUUUGCUAAGUGGAGGACUGAACUUGAGAUCUGCGACACCCUGGGUUUGGUGCCAGUCUAUGUCAGAUGCACAGGUCUGAGGCAGCGCCACCAUCGACCAAACACAUUCAAAGCAGCCAGUCACAACAUCUUAUGACUUUGUCGGCGGACGACGACUGAAUGCUUCGUGGAUUAAAGCAGCGACGUGCAGGACCAGCCAGCAGAGAGUCCAGCCAGCGAUGUGUCAGUCAAGUGUCCGGUGCUUGUUGGUUAUCCACUCGUUUCUCUUCAUAUUCGUCUGCAAUGCCCAGUCUUCAGGUGGCACAGACACUUCAGUUCACCCGGGUGCUAGGGAUGCCCACUCCCUCCCCACCACUCGAUGACUUACGGUUAGCACGUGCUUUCCCCUUGUUCGUGCGGACAAGCCUCGAUUUCGCUCGGCCGCUCAUCCAAGGGCUGGCGUUUGAUUUACAGAAAUUCCCACUCGGUUUGACAGACCGCAUUCAGGAGGCUAAAAAGGCGUUGGACUACGUGCAGCGCAUCGCCCAGUCGUCCAACUGCUCCUCGGGCACAUCAAACACGCUGAAGCUGACCUUUGACACCACCGCCUGGACGUCGUACACCAACGCUGCCAUCCGCACCGCCAACUUCCUGUCGCAGGCUCUGGUCAUCGGUAGAGGUACACUCAACAGCUUGAAUGAAAGCAUACUGUACGAUCUGGUGAGGAACAGUGUCCACGGCAACACGCUGGUGUACGGGUCCGCCAUCGCGCUGGAGCCCAGUCUGUACUCGGGGCUCAACACCUUCUGUCCCUACGCACACAAGACAGACCAGGGCUUCGUGGUCUUUGACUUGGCCAAGUCCUACAACUACGGCUCCAACAACACAGAGUGGUAUCACCAUCUCAAGAUCAAAAACUUUUCUGAUGUGCCACUCAUCACAGACAACGUGACUUACGGCAGCGUAUCUAGGCAGUGGUCUCAACCUGUGGCAAACUUGUCUCAUGGCCACUGGACCUCUCCUUACUUUGACUGUGGUGGUGGCGACAUCUGGAUGGUCACCUUCUCAGCUCCAGUUCUGGGCCUCGAUUCCAAGAACACUCCUUUGUUUAAGGGUGUCUCCACUAUCGACCUGGAGCUGACGAACAUAGACAUCAACCAGUGUGACCAUGACAACAGUAACGCAAUCGGCUCUCUGGACGUCUUCAGAGGCACUCACAACUGUCAGCCAACCACCAAAUGUCAGCCCACCAAAAAUCAAGGUUUCAAGCGAGGCUCCUACACUUGUGUCUGUAUAGACGGCUACUACUUCCCAGACACCAAUAAUGAAAAACAAGCGUUUGAAGGAAGCGACAUCGACAAAGCGUUUGACGAUGGAGCCAAUACCAGCGAACUCCUUAGCAGAUUCCAGUGCCUGGCCUGUCCUCGUGGGUGUGACACGUGUACAGACAGUACCCCCUGUCUGUAUGAGUUUGAUCCCGCCAUCAGAAUUCUCGUCGUCUUUCUCAUUGCUGUGCUGAUUGUCGUCUGCGGUGUCAUUUCCUUCAUCACGUUCAAGUAUCGGAAAGAGCUGGUCAUGAAGACAGCAAGUCCCAUCUUCCUGCAGAUGAUGCUUGGAGGCUCCGUUCUCAUGUCCAUGUCGGUGCUCAUCAUGUUUCCAGAGGCAAGCGAUACUGUGUGCACUUUCUUCAUAUGGCCAUUUCAUCUAGGCUUCUCUGUUGUCUAUGGCGCUCUGCUCAUCAAAACCUGGAGAAUAUCCGUAAUUUUCAACAGCCGAAAGAAAGUCAACUUGCCGGAUAAAGUUCUGCUUCAGCGGCUGGCCCCUCUGCCCGCUUUGAUGACCGUCUACCUGGUUUGCUGGACGGUGCUGGGCAAGCCCCAGGCGGUGACCAUCACCAUGGCGAGCUCCAAAAAGUUCUUCUCUUGUUCCCUCACCUACUGGAAUUAUGCUGUUUACGGGGUGGAAGUCCUACUGCUCCUGUUCGGGGUGUACUUAUGUUUCACUGUACGUAAAGCGCCGGCACAUUUCAACGAGAGCAAACACAUCACGUGGUCUACAUAUAACGCCAUCAUCCUCGGCAUCUUCAUCAUCACACUUACGCAGAUGCUGGAGCGCACGGCCGGCCCUGACGUGCUGUACGUGCUGCUGAUGGCGCAGCUACAGGUGUUCGUCACCAUCACGCUGGCCCUCAUCUUCGUGCCGAAGUUUUGGGCUCUCUACAAAGGCGCACGGUUUGAUCAGGGCCAGCCAGGUGCGGUGUCCGUGACAGGCAGGGUCAAGGCAGGGUCGACCCUCCCUACAACGUCGGCGUCUGUCGACGUGCGUCACAUGGGGGUGCAGGUAACCUCGGAAGACCUGUGUCUUCUGCCUGCUUCGUCCACCCAUCCUGUGUCGCAGGAGGAAAACGACAAGUCCACCAAGCCGUCCCUUGGGUUACAUUCAGGCAAAGUGUCACCCUCAUCAGGGACUGCAGUCAAGCAAUGUUCCACUCCUCAAGCACUGUUACCUCGAAAACUUGUUCAAAGUACUGAAACCUGAUGCCAGGAAGGGAGGCCAAACCCUUCUUAGUGAGCAGACGCUGCUAGCGGGCAGAUAACUGCCUUGGUGAAGAGCCUUCACAGCAUCCUCCUCCUCGCUCCGUCCACCACCAGACAUUAGCAGCACGGCGCGUGCCGGGUCACGCCCCACACUCGUCUACACAUGCCACAGCCUCUACCUUCCUGCUGAUCGUUGGCCAUAUCGGAAAGUAGAGAAACGCAGACUGAGCUUAUCUCACUCCACGUCUUUCAAAUCGUUUUGCCAUGACAAAGCCUUGAAGACUUGUCAGCUCACCAAUUUUAUCAAGGAAGAAUAUUUCAGGAUAUCUUCCACUCUAUUAUGAUACUUCAUAUAAACUCUGCGUGACAAUGAGAUCCAAGCUCGGCCUUACAAAAUGGUUUAGAUACAAUGUCUCUACAGACCUUUCAGCACAACCAUACUUUAAGCACAUCAUCUGUGAUCCGAGAGAUUUGCCAUGAUGGGGGUGGUUUGGUUUCAGCUGCUUAUUCUACUUUGAAAUUUUUCUCCAUUGCAGACAACCCAGCAUGACAUCCGUGAUUAUAUUCAUUCAUGAAUCUUAUAUCCUCCAAAUGAAUCUUAUAUGCUCCGAAACAGAGACAAAAGUACAGGCAUAAACAAAAUCUAAGAUAUGGGGUGUAUGACGGUUUAACCACAUGAUAGACUCUUAUUGUUCUUGAAGUACUUCAAGACCAUGCAGUGUGGUACGUGUGCGGUGCUUAUCACCGUUUCAUAAUGUUGCACCAAGUUAAUCUGCUGGCCAAGAUGCUUCUUUUCUGAAAUCACAGUAACAAUAAUCGUUUUUGGCGAGAGGCGAAGGGUGUGAUGUCUACUGCGUGUAUUGUUAACGUCUUUAUAGUUAGACUGAACCCAUCUACCUUAACGACUUUUAGGUGGAAUUUUUCUGAUAAUAAUUAGUGGGUAAUAAUAAUUCAAGUGGAUAAUAAUUAUUCGGUAACAUCCCCAGUGGAUAAUAAUUACUGAAGAAAACGAGCAGCGUUUUCUCUCCCACACCCACCCUCCCUCGUCUUUCAAUAUUUUUUUCUUCUUUCUUUCGUUUUAAAAUAUGACGGUUAAAGGCAAUUGGAAAGAGUUAUUAAUAGAUACAACAUAUUGAACUCAUUUAAAAAGUCAAGUGUAAAAUAGAUGAGAGCCCCAAUAAAUAUAAUCAGCACCGAAGUGACUAUAAGAACAGUCGCUGCUCACUCAGGUCAGGCUUUGUAGCAGACUGCGCCGAGCAAAUACUCGUCAAGAUGAUCCUUGCCACCGACAGGCACGACAUCAAUACAAUGGCGGUACAGAUAACGCGUCCUCGUGUUUGAACUAUGCUUUAUUCAGGAUGGGAUUCUCAUCGAUUAUUUCAGUUUAAUUGAAAGAAUCGACCUUCUUUGUUUGUCUGCGCUUAGAGGUGUUCCGGCAGCACUUGCUCGGUUUUCAUUUUGGCGAACAGAAUUUUAUGUGCAAAAUUACUCAAGAAAUCCAGCCGUCCGCUCACUAGACGUUUGACGAUCUUUUCCUGAAGCUGUGUACAUGUGAGUCUUUGACUUUCGUUUCGUUCCGACGGUAUUGCUUGCAUUGAAAAGAUUUGGACGGGUUUCUCUGAUUCCCAUGCGAUCAAACAUGCGAGGGGACCGAAAAGGGACGUAACUCUACGAAGAGCAUUCUGCUGUUGAUGCAGCAGUUUCUUUGACUUUCGUUUCGUUCCGACGGUAUUGCUUGCAUUGAAAAGAUUUGGACGGGUUUCUCUGAUUCCCAUGCGAUCAAACAUGCGAGGGGACCGAAAAGGGACGUAACUCUACGAAGAGCAUUCUGCUGUUGAUGCAGCAGUUUCUUCCCUUGAGAGAUUGAUGCCAGUUUCUUUCACCAGACCUCCAUUAAAAAGAAAAAGUCAAAAUAACUGUAAGCCUAGCAAGCGUAGACCGACAGCAAAUAGGGUACACCCAACUGAAUGCAUGUGGCAAAUGUUUACAGGGCUGGCUGCCUUGCCGUGAUAUAGGCUUAGUUGCUGGUUCCUGUAAAACACCAAUUAAACUUCCUCCACAAACCUAUAACAUUUCCAAACAAUAUUUUUAUGUCUUUUUGACCGAUAUUUGUCCAGAAUAUUAUCAUACACACCACCAUUUUUAAAAUCUGCCAUGAUGGUCUUGAGCUUUCUUAGCAAACUCAUCAAGCUAACAGAUGAUGGUAAUCAUCAUGAGCAACAUAUGCUGAUGUUGAUGUGAUUUAUUGAGUGCCACUUCUUUGAAAUGUCCAUCUCUGUUGAUAAAAUUACUGCUGCCCGAUGUUGGUGUGCAAAGAACGUCCAACAAACACUGCCAAUAGAAAAUGUAAUAUGCUGUUCUAGUUGACAAGCAGUUUUUGGAAGUAUUUCACUGUUUUACUUUCAAUAUAAAAAAAAUAAUUUCCAGAUAUUUCACCAACUACAUUUCCCUAUAUAAGAAUUUUAAAAGGUAUGGAUUUGUUGGUACUUAUUACCACCAGAUAAUAUUGUUUUUAUGCAGACAUUUGUGUGGAUACUAGGAUGGAUAGAUGUCUUUGAAGAAAAGGAUGCAAACUUCUAAGAUCUUUGGUUUUAAGCACCAGGAAUUAUUGACUGAAUGGCUAUAUGGUUAUUACUACUGCUGCCACUUGUGUAUGUGUACAGCCUGUGAUAUGACAUUCUUUAUAUACAACUCAGUUUCCUGAUGACCAUCUUGGGGGUAAUUGUACAUCACUUCAUGUAGAUAAAACUAUUGUGCUUUAAGUGUUUUUAAACUGUUGUAAAAUGAUGCCUGGAGACAAACAUGCAAAACCUCCUCAAUGUAUCUGUGAGUUACUGUUUACAAUAUGGUGUCCUAAAACACAGCAUGUCCAAGUGCAUGAAUAAAAUAAUAAAUACACUACACGAGGUGACAGUUGGGAUCAUAGUUAUAAAGAGCAAGUUGAUGCCCUGUUCAAGGACAAACAUCAUUUCCAAAUUAUAAAGUAGUGUCCAGACCCCACAGAUGAUGUUUUACUCCAUUUCAUCAUGCAUUUAUUAGUACUAUUGGACACUGUAGGUCAGAUGGUUAGGAUUUGGGAAGACAGCAACCGAUAAAGGCCACAGACAAUGGUAUCGUGGGGAGGAAACCAAAUACCAACAUGGUCUGGGCUUCUUUGUAUGUAGAAAAGUGGCUGGACCAGUCAUCAGCUCAGCUGUGUGCGCACAGGCUGGCAUCCAUUUGCAUCUCUGUCAUGUCUCAGUGUUACUAUGGUCCAGGUUAACACUUCAACUUCCGUGCACAAAGAAGUAGAGGAGUUCUACAACUGGAUGGAAAGAGUUAUAAAGGCAGUGGCAAUGAAAGGAUCCUCACCAUAUGCCAAGAUCAAUCCUAACAGCCUGAAGCAUGGAUUGCGAAAAUCUUCAAGGCCUAAUUUAGAGCUAAAUUCGCCUCUCAAGAUAUUGGGCUGUGUGGAAGACAUCAAAGAAAUGCUACUUUCAACAGCCAAAGAGGUGCUAGGGAGGCAAAAAAAGAAACAAUUAUGGGUCGCAAAUGAUGUUCGAAAUCUUUGUGACCAAAGGAGUCUUAAGAAAGCGAGAAAGAGCAACGAAGCUGCUAAGUGAAAAAAUAAAAAAACAAAAACACCAACAUUAAAAAGGGAGAUGAAGGCAGCUAAGGAAAACUGUACAGAUAUUUCAUUUCAUUAAGAUUAUGUAAAUAACUUUCAAGUUCUACAUAAUAGAAUACCUCUUCAAGGUUUUCACUCAGAAUUUCAGACACUCCUCACUUAAUGGCCGAGUUCCAUUCUUACAACUUGAAUAAUAAACAAACUGGUCGAUAAGCAAGAAGCCACCCUUACUUAUAUUUCAGGCAUAAUAUACUCUUAUUGGGUUUGUGUCAAUAUCUUUAAAUAUUGUUUUAAUGUUACCUUUGCACAAUUUUUAAUAUAUAUACAUGUUUAUAAGCUCUAAUAUACUUUAUUUUGCAUACUGUGAACAGGAAAUUGUUUUUAUUUAUUCUGAAUAAAGAAAAGGUCUGUAGGAAAUACCAGA